AUGCAGCCCAAAACGACCUUGAGCGCAACAGCCAUUUCCGGUCAAACCUUCGACUUCAUCGUAUGUGGCGGAGGCACCUCCGGAUGUGUCAUUGCAGCAGAACUUGCCUCAAUACCCAAUGUCUCCGUGCUUCUAGUAGAAGCUGGCAGAGAUUCAGGCCUUGCGCCGGACGUUCUAGUGCCCGGCAAGUAUGUCAAGCAGCUUCAAGAGGACAAAGAGGGAUUAUGGGAGUUGGAAACUGUACCUCAGCCACAGUUGAAUGCCAGGAAGCUGGUAUUUCUUAGAGGAAAGCAGCUGGGAGGAAGCUCGGCUGUGAACUACAUGGCGCUUGCCCGAGGCCCAGCGGCUGAUUAUGACGAGUGGGCUAAGAUUGUUGGGGAUCAUGGGUGGAAGUGGGACAGGAUAUUACCCCUGAUGAGACAGCUUGAGGAUUUCGACCCAAAGUUACCUGCACACCUGCAAAAGUUUGCUGCUCCACAGCAUGAAGACCAUGGGAUUUCAGGCCCGCUGAAGAUCGGCUUUGGGGAUGAAAUGGUCCCUGGAAUCGAAACUUUUGUUCAAGCAUGUCUUGAAAAUGGGAUUUCAGUGUGCCCUGAUAUUAAUUCGGGAAACCCAGUGGGCGUGGGAUUGGCUCAAUUCAACGUUCGCAAUGGAGAGAGAUGCUACGCAGCCAAUGCUUUCUUGGGAGAAUCAACUCGGGCAUCACUGGAGAAUCUGAUCAUAGUGACAGACACAGAGUGCGAUCGAGUGCACUGCAAGGACGGAGUCGCUACUGGGGUAGACUUGUAUGACAGACAAACUGGAGCACGAGUCCAUGUCUAUUGUCGCGAGCAGACUGUUCUCUGCGCUGGCACGUUCGGAUCUCCCAGAAUCCUCAUGUUGUCCGGUUUGGGGCCUAGAGAUGACUUGGAGCGACUCGACAUUCCAGUACAAGUUGACUUGCCAGGCUGUGGCCAACACAUGCUCGAUCAUUCCAUAAUCACUUGCGAGUACAAAGUGAACAAUUCCAUCCAUACCCACAAUCAGCUCUUCCUCGACCCGUCCUUGCUUGCAAACGCCGAGGCGCAAUACGCAAAGGACCGCACAGGACCACUCUCCAUGUUUGGAUCGAGUGGUACCUUGACAUUCCCUCGAAUCCAACGUCUCUUCGAUUCCGAGGAGUUUUCUAACCUCAGCAUCAAGCAGAAAACCUUCUUGAUGGAGCCCACCAGGCCCUCCGCUGAGAUUUGGCUCGGAUCAGGACCGUCCGUCUUCCAGGAUGAUCGACCAAGCGAGAGCUACAUGACCCACGAGCUCUUGCUGCAAAACAACCUAUCCCAGGGAACAGUCAUGAUUCGUUCCAAAAAUCCACGGGACCCAUUAAUCGUGAACCCCAACUUUCUGAAUCAUCCGUUCGACCGGCGGAUUGCUAUCGAAACGGUUCGUAUGGCGCUGAAGAUUGCUCGUACCAAGGCCUACCAAGGUACCAUUGAGCGGAUGGUUCAUGGUCCCAACAUCGAUUUCGCAACGGCAGACCUUGACACGGUCAGUGACGACGUGAUGUUGGAUUUCAUUCGCAAGAAUUUGGACCAAGGUUACCACAGCGUGGCUACCUGUCGCAUGGGCAAGGCUAGUGACCCAGAUGCCGUGGUCGACUGGCGUUUCCGAGUCAAGGGCAUGAAAAACCUACGUGUAGCAGACUUGAGUGUGUGCCCUAUUCUCACUUGCAAUCACACCCAGAUAAAUGCAUACUUGAUCGGUCUGCGAUGUGCAAGGGAACUGGUUGCCAAUCAUAAGGCACGGAACCAGCAAGCCAAGCUUUAG